CCGCCCCAGCUCCGGCGCCCCCCGCAGCGCCCCCCAUGCUGCUCCCCCGCACACCCGAGUGAAGAAGCCCCGGAGGCGGCGGCGGCGAGCACGUGGGGAGGCCCCUGCCCCGCGGGGCUCGGGCCGGGUGGGGCCUGGAGCAUGGACCUUUCUCACCAUUGUGCUUCCUGCUCUGUGCUUAUGCUGAUGGUGCUGCUGAUGCUGGCCGGCACAGGGGCUUCGGACCCAGACCCGAGCCUGGAGAUCUACAAGAAGCUGUUUGCGGUUAAGCGCAAGGACCAGAUGAAAGCACUGAAGAACCUGGUCGAGCUGAACGAUGUCCACCAGCAAUACAAGAUCAUCGAUGUCAUGCUCAAGGGCCUCUUCAAGGUGCUGGAGGACUCGAGGGCUGCCCUGCUGGCCGCUGACGUCUUCCCCGAUGGGCCAGUUCCAGAGGACGAGAAGUUGAAGGAUGCCUUCUCCCACGUGGUGGAGAACACAGCCUUCUUUGGCGAUGUCGUGCUCCGCUUCCCCAAGAUCGUCCAUCACUACUUUGACCGAAAUUCCAACUGGAAUCACCUCAUCCGCUGGGGCAUCAGCUUCUGCAACCAAACGGGCAUCUUUGACCAGGGUACCUACUCACAGCUUCUGGGCCUGAUGGCUCAGGAGCUAGGGAUUGGGGAGAGGUCUCCAGAUUACAGGAACCCUUUUACAACAGACCCCUCAGAGUCUUUCCCUGGGACUGAUGCCUUCCAGAAGGCCUUGAAGGAAGAGGAGAGGCGGCGGAGGAAAGAGGAGAAACGGAAGGAGAUCCGAAAGGGCCCCCGGAUCUCUCGAUCUCAGUCCGAGUUAUAGCCCAGGCUUGUUCCCAGACUGGCGGGGCUGGGGCUCCAGAAGAGGAGGUGGCGGUGCUUGAGGGCAGCCCCCAUUGGCUGUGGAGGCUGCCUCUUACCCUGCCCCUGGGGGCUCGGCUGCCCCUCUGCUUCCCAAGGGGAAAGUGGCUGAGUCUUGAGUCCAGAACAGCCGAGAAAGAGCCCCUCAUCCUGAGGGGAGGACCAAGGACUCCCGCCAACGGGGCUACCAUGCUGCCCCUUUCAAGCCCAGGACCUUAAUAAGCCCGUUUUCUUCUUGGAAAAUCCCUUGCUCUGCCAACCAAAGAAGUGGGUGGGGCAUCGCAGACUGAAACGUCCAGGCCGGAGCCUCAGCCUGGCAUCAGCUCGCCAAGAGCCACAGCGACCACGGCAGGCACCUGCUGUGCCCCCUGGUGCAACUGGCCCUUGCCAAAUGAGCCGCAAUAAAAUGAGCAGACGCUUUAGAUACA